GAAAGUUGCAAAAGUGUCGAUGAAGGUCUUUGGUCUCAUCAUGCUGAUGGUUCUCAUGGUGUCUCUCCUAACUGACGCACGAGGCCACGGCCACGGAGGAGGCCACGGCCGCGGAGGAGGCCACGGAGGGGGCCAUGCAGGAGCCUACGGAGGAGCCCACGGAGGAGGCUACGGACAAAGUUAUACAAGAGGCAGUGAGGGACCAUUAAGAACAACACCACCGACAACAGAGUCUAAACCAUGGUAUCACUGGCUUUGGCCCCCGAAUUGGAUCUAAACCAUGAAUGCAACAGAAAUGAAC